AUGUCAUCCGUCAAGCUCUAUCCUCAGUCCAAACCGGAACAAACUGCCUCCAACCCUCUUCCAAAGCUGCUCCAAACUCCAGGGGGUCUGGCACUUCUAGAGAUGCAGGGAACCCUCAACCUUCCUACAGACUCGGAAGGCGAGGCACUCAAGGAUGUCGAGAUAGGUCGGCUUGAAUUUCCAGAUUACGAUUCAGUUGUUGAUGGCUCUGCCUGGAUGAAGCGCGUGCAGCUGUACAUUGGACAGCACCAACGUCUCACCGGAGAGGUCAAGAAACUUCCUAGAUCUAUUGCUGUGGUUCGUAAGCGAGAGAAUAGAUGGCUGGAGAAUUCGGCUGGACGAUAUCAAGAACAGGGUGAUAACGUUGAAGUGGUUGAAAUUGUCAAGUACAAGUUGACGUUUUCGAAUCGGCCAGAACCCGUCAACACGGCUGUUUCUGGCUAG